CCCAGGCAGACUUCGAGGUUAGCCGCGAGCGACUGUCCACCAUCACGAUCUCACUCGUUAUUCAAGUUUCUGAUUAUCAUUGUCCUCGCCCGUCACUACCAUUCCAGGUUACUAUCAUCACCAAUCCUCCAUCCCUAACCUCCUACAGUACAACCUCAAAAGUACCUUUAGUACGAGUGACCUAGUACCUACUUUGCUCUUGACAUUCGAGUCACACACAUAGUACACACACCCACGCCCCGUCGCCUGCACCUUCUAACGCAAUCAAUGAACCUUUUCUGACCUGCAGUUAAUAAAGUCUUCACUUCUACCUAAUCUGAAACUUCACUGCAGGGUGCCGUUGGACUCGCUCGCCUGUUUGUGCCUGCGCCUCCUGGAGAGUGCCAGUGGUGGACUAUUCCUCGAAAGGAUCACAUUAUUCGGCCGCUGUCUUCCCCUGCCGCGCAGUCUCCAUCUGUCACCGCCGUCCGCCUCCUGGCCUACUUCUCAUCUCUUCCUUACUCCUCCAGUCCGCCGAUUGACCCCUCAAGCACGCCUGUAGAUGCAGAAGAUUGCCGAAUAGUGCUGUCGCCAAAGGACGUACGGUGCAAGACUGUUUGCAGCCACCUGUGCCACAGGCGGCAUCCUUGUCUCCUCACCACCGCAACCGGAUCUGCCAUACACAAACAGACGGGUUCGACAAACUCUCCAUCCACGAGGCGAUGAAUGGCACUCUUUGCCUGUCUGCGUUUCUAGCUUGUCACUAAAGAGACUUCGUCUAUGCAACAAUAGCGGAACACACAAUCCUCCGACGCGAAUACACGAUCGGAACCACAUCACGCCGAAGGCGUGGUCUCGCAACUAUGGCCGAAGAUCCUCGGUCUCGACUUCCAGCGCUUCACACGAGAGACAUCAGCACUGCAACAGUGGAGUCAGAUAGCUCAGAGAGCAGCCCAGGGCCAUGCGAUGAUGAAGACACCGACUACUUCAUGGCGCAUGCCAAUGAUUCACAGUCAUCUCUUGGGGCAGUGACAGCCAUCCGCGACUGCGAUGACGAAGUCGACAUCGAACAAGUCCACCGCCUGUCUCCCAUAUCCAAACUCCCUCCAGAAAUUCUGAUUGCCAUUCUUUCAAAAUUAAGCACAACGGCAGACCUUCGCAAUUGCAUGUUGGUGUCAUAUCAUUGGGCAUUGUAUACGGUGGGGAUUCUCUGGCAUAGACCACUGUGCAACAAAUGGACAAACCUGCUCAGCGUCGUGGCUACCUUGAGCAAAGGAGAGAAGAGCUAUUUCCCAUACCAUGAGAUGGUCAAAAGACUAAAUCUAUCAGCGAUUGCCGACACGAUCAACGAUGGUACGGUACAACCGUUCAUGACGUGCAAAAGCAUCGAGCGACUUACCCUGACCAACUGCGUGAAAUUGACUGAUUUCGGCGUGGCCGGGCUUGUUGAAGGAAGCCGAAAGUUACAGGCUCUAGAUGUGACGGAUGUGGAUGCUCUGACGGAUCGAACGUUACAUGUGGUGGCCGAGAACUGCGCCAAACUGCAAGGCCUUAACAUCACAAACUGUUCAAACAUCACGGACGAAUCGCUGAUUGAUAUCGCUGAGCAUUGCCGGCAACUCAAGCGGCUCAAACUCAAUGGUGUGGUACGGGCAACAGACCUUUCUAUCACCGCCGUGGCACGAAACUGCCGCUCCAUCCUGGAGAUCGAUUUGGCAGGUUGCCAUUCUAUCACAUCGGAAUCCGUCACUGCGCUCUUGACGAAUUUGUCCCACCUUCGUGAGCUACGCCUGGCUCAUUGCAUUGAUCUCAAUGACUCGGCAUUCACGAAUCUACCCGCUCGGCUUACCUUUGAUGCUCUUAGGAUUUUGGAUCUCACAGCCUGCGAGCAGAUUCGAGAUGAGGCCAUUGCCAGGAUCAUUCCAGCCGCUCCCCGACUACGGAACCUCGUUCUGGCCAAGUGCAGGCAUAUCACGGAUCGAGCGGUAACUUCCAUCUGCAGACUGGGCAAAAACUUGCACUACAUCCACCUUGGACACUGUGUCAAUCUGACUGACAACGCAGUUAUCCAGCUGGUCAAGUCUUGCAAUCGCAUCAGAUACAUUGACCUUGCAUGCUGUUCACGUUUGACCGACGCCAGCGUUCGCCAUUUGGCGCAACUGCCCAAGCUUCGACGGAUCGGCCUGGUGAAGUGUCAAAAUCUGACCGAUUCCAGCAUUAUGGCUUUGGCUCAUGGGCCACUCUUGUUCAGUCCUACGGGCAAAGCUGGCCUCCCCUCCCAGUUCGUGUCGCUGGAACGUGUCCAUCUCAGUUAUUGUGUCAACCUGACCCUCAAGGGCAUUACCGCGCUUCUACAUAACUGUCCUAGACUAACCCAUCUUUCUUUGACUGGAGUCCAAGCAUUUCUCCGGGAGGAUCUGACCCGAUUCUGUCGCGAUGCACCGGCCGAAUUCACCCAUCCCCAGCGAGAUGUCUUCUGUGUCUUCUCUGGGGAGGGGGUCUCGCGCCUGCGAGAAUAUUUAAUGCGUCUGGCCAUGGAGGAAGCACAGCGUGAAGGCCGAGAGGCUAUUGACGACAGCUUGCUGGACGGGGUCGAUAGUCCCGGCGCUGAUACUAUGUCAGACGACGGCACAUUGGAUGGGAAUGACCAGGUGACGGAUCCCGUGCUCGGUCAACAUCGUCACGGAGUAUCGUUUGCGAGUACUCCUCGUUCCAGACCUCGGCCCCGCAGCCUCCAUGAGCUCCCGAGCUACCAUGUCGAGAUGCCGCUGUUACCAUUUGACCAAGUUCAACACGUUGGGCCAUGGACACCGGGUGUGCCUUUGACCCCAGAAGCCCGAGCGGCGAUGUCCACUCCACACCUGAACUUGACGAACUCUGCCGGCUUCCCUCAGCAUGAGGGUUAUGAGCAUCGGUCACGAAGUCCGGCUUUUGCUGCCACGGCAGAGUACGGCGAACGCGCUAGAAGCUCGUCCCGAACUCCAUCGCGACGGCACACUCUUGAAUCAACGUCAUCGAGCAUCUUUGGCCCUCCGCCAGUGCCAACGCAUGGGUAUGGGGAAAGCAGCUCAAGACCUAUUGAAUUUGCUCAUUAUGACCCCCGAGCCAAUUACUUUGGGGUAGAUGAGAUGAGGCGGUAUGUGGGAUGGGGAGCUCCUCAUCCUUUCACAUCGGAGUCUCUCCGGAGACCGCUACCCGGAAUGUCUCUUCGGACCCCUUCUGAGAUACGACAAUCAUUCCUGAGACCUGAGCCCGGAUUCAGUACAUUUGAUGCCAACCAUGAGGCGAUCAUGGCCACCAUCCCCGGAAGUCGGUCAGGAAGCCGACAUGCCUCCAGAUCGAAUAGCCCUCAUGUAUCCAGGGUCAGCAGUGGGACGAGAUUGGGAAGCCUUCUAGCCCCUCCCACUCGGACCUAUUCAUCCACUUCACUCAGUCAAACCUCCUUCAGCCAAGGAGAGAGUGCAGGACGGGUCAGCCGCAGUGAGCGAAGCCGAGAAAGACUACUGAUGGAGGAGGAAGCACACCGAGAAGCCAUGCGGCAAGUGCUAGCGGAAUCCGACGCUACCGCACAUUCACCGCCUGGCCUUUCGCAUUUUCAAUCAGAUCGGCAAAUCGAGUUGCCGUUGCUGCCGCCCGAGCUGAUGGAGCGCGUGGUCCGGAGUUCGGUGACUCGGUCGGAAGGCAUGCCCAGUGCACGUUUUGAGACUGUGGCUCAGACGCCAGCUCACGAUCCUGACCAGGAUGUUACCAUGACACAGUGAAGGACAAGGUUCCAUUACGAAACAACAGCUCUAGAUGACAUGAUGAUGACACUGGCAUAUUUCGGCACGACGAGGAAUAUGCGACAUGGGUCGGAGGAAGAGGGGCUUACUGUUUACGACUCCUGAGCGCUACGAUACCAAAGCAUUUACAGCGCUUACCGGCAGAAUUUCAACCAAGCAAGCGAGGAGUUUUUGGGACGGUUUUCUCGGUUUGGGAUGUGGUUUUCAACCGUUGGGCAUCUGGAAGCAGAGGCCGGGGUUUUAGGGAUUGUCUGGGUUAUUUGCCUGUAUUGUGAGAGUCCAAUCAAGCAAGCACAGCAAACUGACAAGCUGUGUACCGGAGCACCCUUCGUCCCCACGCGGUGGCGGUGCCAGGAGUGCGAGGCUGCCAGGACGGGCAGGGGCAUGACACGCAUUGACCUGGCGUGAAUGUGCACGGCGCUUAGUACAUAGCGUGGCAUUGAAGUACCUACCCUUAGCUAUUCAUCCUCAUCAGUUUCAGUCAGCAUCGGAUAUGUACCUAGGUCCAACCAAAGUAUUUUGCCCUGGGUACCAUUGAUGCGUGUCUAGUAAGUCGUAGUCACAUAUGGACCCGCACGAAGUGGUUGUCACUAGUGAAUGGCUG